CUAAAAAAUACGUGAAAGUGAGGAGUAGGGGAUAAAUAUUUUAUAUUUAAAAUUAAAUUAAAUAAAAAUGGAUUUGAAAAAUAAAACUUCUACAAGAUCUCUUCUAUAAUAAUUCCAACAAGUUUAAGAUGUUUACACUGCAAUCCCUGAAGCGAAUCAAUGGAUUUAUCGCCUUGAAACAUGCCACCAAAAGUGAGGUUAUCAAAUCAGUUUCAAAACACAAAUUUAAACAAAUCUACCAAUUCAAAUGCACCGCGACGUCGGCGGAUUUCAAAUCCGAACAAAUACCAAAGGAAAAACUUGCCAACAAACUAGUGAACAGUGCCCCCAAACAUAUUCAGCCCUAUUUAAAGCUAAUGAGAUGGGACAGACCCGUCGGUUCGUGGCUACUCUUUUGGCCUAGUGGAUGGGGCAUAGCCUCGGCAACUCUUGCCGAAGGCGUUCCGGAUCUCUAUCUGCUCACACUUUUUGGUACCGGAGCGUUUGUGAUGCGAGGAGCUGGCUGUACGAUUAACGAUAUGUGGGAUAGAGAUAUUGAUGCCAAAGUUACGAGAACAAAAGACAGGCCUUUAGUGAAUGGUGAUAUUUCAAUGAAAAAAGCUUGGAUAUUUUUAGCUGGCCAGCUAAGUGUGGGAUUAACUAUUUUAUUACAACUUAAUUGGUAUAGUGUUAUUUUAGGUGCAAGUUCGAUGGCUUUAGUUAUAACUUAUCCUUUAAUGAAAAGAAUAACUUAUUGGCCACAAUUAAUGUUAGGUUUUACUUUUAACUGGGGGGCUUUACUAGGUUAUAGUGCCGUUAAGGGUCAUAUUGAUCCUUCAAUUUGUUUACCAUUAUAUUUCGCUGGCGUUUGCUGGACUAUUAUUUAUGACACGAUCUAUGCCCAUCAGGAUAGACUUGAUGAUUUGAGUAUAGGUAUCAAAUCGACUGCCAUUAAGUUUAAUGAAGAUACCAAAUUGUGGUUAAGUGGGUUUUCUGUUGCUAUGAUAAGUUCGCUAGCAUUUUCGGGAGUAAUGAAUUCACAAACGUGGCCAUAUUAUGCUGCUUUAGGUUUAGUUUCUAGUCAUUUAGCCCAUCAAAUAAGUACUCUUGAUAUAAAUAAUACCUCUGAUUGUGGUAAAAAGUUUAUCUCUAAUACUUGGGUGGGGUGUAUAUUGUUUUGUGGUAUUGUUUCAGGGAUUUAUUUAAGAAAUAAAAAGCUGGCUAAAAAUAAUGUAACUAUAGAAAAGCAUAGUAAUAUGCCUUUGGUUAGUUGAAUUUAAAUUAUUUGUUUUGUAAAAACAAGUUCCUUUUUUGUGAUAAAUACA